UCUCAACGAUAUAAUCAGGGCAACAUCGCUAUCAGGCCACAAGAUUCUACUGAACUGCGCAAUUUAUUGCCACCUAGUCAUGACGCGUCUGACGAACUGCGGGAUGCAAUGUGUGUCAUUUUUGGUGGUCACUCAAAAACUGACUCGCGA